AUGACGACGUCGACGCAGACUCAGACGGCGCGCACCCAGAAACCACCGCCAGCUGGACCUGCGCCGCCGGCACCUCAGCCGUCGGCAAAUUCUAAUCCCAAUUCUACUGCCCCGCCGCCCGCCAGAACGAAUGGGACAGCCGGCGGCAAGGGCAAGAAGAAGGCCGAGCCGCCUCCACCGCCAGACCCGGCAGCGAUGUACGAGAGCCUGAGGAACAGGAUCGCGGCGUUGGAGGAGCAUGAGGUGCAGGAGGAGGAGGAGGAGCGCGCUUUCGCGGAGGAGGCGGUGAAGAGUGUGAAGGGGUUGGAGGAUAGCGCGGUGCAUGCGAAAUACAUCGAGCUCUUUGCAGAGAUGAAGCGUGUAGAGCGCGAGCACCAGAAGGAGAAGCAGAAAUUGACGAAGGACAAGGAUGCAGCGAAGAGUCAGUUGUCCAAGGCGAACCAAGGAAAGACUAAGAUGGAGAACUUGGCACGCGAGCUACAAAAGGAGAACAAGAAGCUACGAGAGGACAGCAAACGAAUGGCCGACUCCAUGCAGCUGGCGCAGGGUGAGAUAUCGGCUCUUAAAACGGAUAUCACCCGACGCAUCGAGCGCGCCCGCGCCCAAGACGCCAAAUGGCGAAGCACGCCCGACGUAGUUUUGAAGGUCGUCUGCCGCUAUCGCGCCGAGCUCUUCUUCAAGAUCUCGCGCAAGACCAAAUUGGCACGCUUAUUCGGGGCGUGGACUGAGCGCAUGGAUACAUCGUCCGACUCGCCCGCUGGGAAGACCAAAGACGGCGAGACUGAGGGCGAGGGCGAGGGUGAUGAGCCGAAGAACCAGGCGCAGUUCUUGUUCUCGCAUGCAGGACGUACGCUCGAUGCUGAGUCUACGGCUGAAGAGGCCGGGUUAGAAGAUGGAGACGAGAUCUUGGCCGUCGAGCUCCUGGAUCUCACUGCCGAGCCUUACCCCCUGUCAUCCUCGAACAAUCAGCGCGAGAUCCUAGCUAAGCACUGGCCUGUUGCAUACUACAGCGCCCACGAGGAUGGUGCUAAGGCGGAGAGGAUGGCAAGGGACGAGGCUGCGCGGACGCUCGAGGAAGUGUUUGAUGGCGUUGUGAGAGAGAGAUUGAAGGAUGUGCUAAGGCAGUAUGCGUUGAGAGAACGCCACUUUGAGUGCGUUGUGCGGAGUAAGGAGCUCGAGGUGCUUCUAAGCCGCGCGAGGGCGGCUGAACAACACCAGCUCGCAGAGACAGAUCACGCACGCGCUCAAGCUCUGGAGGAAGAGAACGCACAGCUCAGGCGCGAGCUCGACGACGCGCAUACUGGUCAGACGAUGCUCGUUGAUCGAUUAAUCGCGUGCUGCAAAGAAGCUCGUCUGCAGCCUGGCUCGGAGCGCACUCAGAAGCUUUUCGCUACCCUCGGAGAAGAGCUCGAGAAGCGGCGCAAUGCUGCCGCUGCCGCUGCAGCGCGUCCUCCGGGAGGAGCGACAGGAUCGGCGGACGUGAAUGGGGUGGCACCUACACCCCCACCGGCGGCUGCAGGCUAA